AUGAUGCCGAUGCCGCCGCCGAUGAUCGGCAUGCCCAUGCCAGCUGACGACAAGCUCAAGCAGGCACAGAGGGCGAAGGCGCCCGGGGGGAAGGACGACAAGGUUACCACGGUCUUUGUGGGUGGCCUUCGCAAAAGCACAACAGAAGAUAAAGUCAUUGGCCACUUCUCCAAGUUCGGACAGGUGGACAACGUGGAUAUCAAGCGACUUCCCGACGGAACUUCUCGAGGGUUCGCCUUCGUGAAGUUCGUCGACAGAGAAUCCGUGGACAAGGUGAUAGAAGCCAAGUCCAGCCACAUGAUAGACAACAAGUGGGUGGCCGUGAGACCACACGGGGGCUCUGCUUUCGCCGCAGCGCAGAACGCUGAAAGGAGCAAGCAGGCGGAGGAGAUCCGCAAGAAGGAGAAGCACGAGGACGACCUUCAACAGGAGGACUACGAGGAGAAGUGGUCUGAGCGCUACCUGCAGCAGGCCGCCUCCAUGCAGAAGGAUGAGGGCGACGGGACCGGCGAGGCCAAGGAAGGCGGGGACUCCAUGAUGAAUCCCAUGAUGGCCAUGAUGGGGAUGAUGAACCCCAUGAUGAUGGGCAUGAUGAACCCGAUGAUGAUGCGACCGCCCAUGAUGAUGGGUUGCGGUUGCCCAGGUGCCGGGUCCAAGCAGAGAGCAUGGAGCGGUGGAGAGAGAGAGAGAGAGAGAGCCCCUUUGCGGAGGCAUGAUGGGUUGCGGCACGGGGCUUGGCGGGUCUCACCGUGGCUCAGCGCACCAGGAUCGCAGUCUUCAACUUGUCAGGUAUGCCCGGCGCACCUGGCGCCCCCGGCAUGCAGGGAGCCACCCCGGCGACUGGAGCCGGCACGAGCGGCGAGGCGGUGGUGA